AUGGCACACGACCCAGAGAUUUUCUAUGGAUUUUGGGGCUCUUGUUUUAACGACUACAGAGAUACACAGCCACAUGAGGGCUACAAGAUCAUCAGAGGAUGGCGGGACACUUUUUGCAGCAGACGCCUGUCACAGCAAAUGAGCGCGGCCUUGGCGCAGGGUGGCUUCUUCGUUUACACUUCGAACGUGGAUGCACAUUGCCACGACUACUUUGAGCCCUACGAGGUUCGAGAGUGCCAUGGAAAUACGGAGGCCACUGCUUGUUCCAAUUCCAAGAUUUGUGAUUUCUUUGCUUCCUGUACGGAGAUGGCCAAACUCUCCGCCAUCGCCGGUGCUGCCCUUUUGCUCGAGCUGGGACUGCUGCCGCGCUUCCUCCUCGUGCCGAUUGUCACUUGUGGUGCUGUGCAGCUUUGGACGCUGCAGGGCUUCCUGAGGGUGCCGAAAACCAAGAAGAUCGAGGACAACUCCACAGAUCUUCCUGCAGCCAUUGUUCAAGCUUUGUGUGACCGUCGGGUCUUGAGCAUCCUUGCAGCUGUAGUGCUCAUUUCGUUCUACUUGGCACUUGGCGAUUCGAUCAAGAGCAGCUUCUGCCUUCUGACAGCAGUGGCCAAAUCUGCCAUUGCCUUCUCGCUGGGAGCUCUUUGCUCUGCGGCACUACCGCAUCCACAGGAGACAGCGGAAGCAGCUCCGACAUGCUCCUGUGGUAUGAACUGUGGGUCUUCAGCAGAGGGAUCAUGCCCAUAUGGUAAUGACUUUUGGUCAGAUUUGGAUGUGCCGGAAAAGGUUCUGGACACAGACGAUCCAAAGGACUUGAUCGACGUCCUCUUUCUCAAAAAGCGCUGA